AUUUCAUUUUCCUCAACCUAUUUGCAGUUGGAUGAGAAUGAACGAGAAUCUGUUUUCUGAUAUUCCUCUUCUAACAGCAGGGCUUCAUCUCGGUAUUAAUAUAAGAGCCAGAGUUCAGAAAUCCUCCUCAUAUUCAGUUUUCAGUUUAUGCUUAGAGAAGACUCUGUAUAUCCUGGUUCCUAUAGUUCUAGCUCUCUCUACUAAUCUUAUACAUGGAGAUUAUCUAGUCCUGAAUCCAGAAAAGUGUUUUGAAGAGGGAGGAAAGGAGUUUGUGAGACAUUUCGUCAUCUCAGGGAUAAGUCUAGUUUUAGUGUUAGGAGCGACGGGAUAUUUUGUUGUGAAAACAAUUAGAUUUAACAAAGAACCAAAUAAAAAACCAGAAAAGAAGAUAGUAACUCCAAGUUCUCAUGUUAAACAGGAUUUUGCGAUAUAUUCCACACUUUUCUCUCUUCUAUUGAUCUGCAGAGUUGUCAAGAUUUCUCUCAAUCUUCUGAAUUACGAGAAGGAUAGGAUAGGAGUUAUUAGAUUAUCUGAGAGAAUAAUCUGGGAUAUUCAAAUUACAUUCAUACCUCUCAUUAUUUUAAACCUCAGAAGGUUUAGGCUGGAACCAGAUAAUCUAGAAGCUGUAUCUACCAUUAUCAAAGAGAAUAAAUCUCCUUCACUACCUGCAGACCUAAACUCAGCUGUCUUCAAUUCUAAAACAUCAAGUGUUUGACUAGAACAAAAAUAUUGAAGUCUUGAAACAGUAUUUUUGUGUGUUUGUGAAUUUGAAGUAGAAAAAACUGUGCAUAAACUGAAUAGAUUAUAAUAUAAAUGUAAUUGUGUAUUAAAUGUAUGUAAAUAUACCUAACCAUUCUAA